AUGGGUGACAAGGGAGACACAAGCAAGAAGCAGCCGCAACAACAACCACCGCCACCGCAACAAAAACAGCAGCAAAUUUCGUCUUCUCCCAAAGACCCGCUUGAGGAAUCGACAGAAACAAGACCGCACCAUCACCAACAGUCUCCUCCGGUUGUCGCCACCGGAGCUUCCCCGUUUAUCUCUGCCCCUCUUUAUCCUCCGACCGGCGCAACUUCUUCCCCGUUUGAGCAACAAUUUGAGGUUGUGAAUCCUAAGAGACCGAGAUACACAGGCCAAUGGAAGCUUCUACCGUCCCCAACUUCACAGCCAAAACAGACGCAGUUGGCUAUACUAAGCACCGAAUCCAGCCCAUCACCAACGUGUCACGCAACCAACCCGCAAACCCAACAACCCCACACCACGGCCGCUUCCUCCUCAGAUACUGCUUCGUCUCCACCGCGCUCUCCUUUGCCUUCUUUGUCGGCUGCCUCUGGCCAGGACACAAACAAGCUGUCAGAGGGAGAGCAAGUUCACCAUCAAAUCAGAAAAGGGAAAUAUGUAAGCCCCGUCUGGAAACCAAACGAGAUGCUUUGGUUAGCUAGAGGUUGGAGGAUUCAGUACCAAGGUGGGUCUGACGUGUCUGGGUCAUCGUCAAGACCGGAGCAAUUAGAGAGUGGUCAGACAAGAGGUAAAACUAGAGCCGAUAAGGAUAGAGAAGUUGCUGAUUUUCUUCAAAGACAUGGGAUCAAUAGGGACGCUAAAACAGCUGGAACGAAGUGGGAUAAUAUGUUGGGGGAAUUCCGGAAGGUGUAUGAGUGGGAGAGAGGGGGUGAGAGAGAGCAAGUUGGAAAGAGUUACUUUAGGCUUUCUCCUUAUGAGAGGAAGCUCCAUAGAUUACCCGCUUCAUUUGAUGAAGAAGUUUUUGAAGAGCUUUCGCAAUUCAUGGGGUCUAGAAUGAGAACUUCUCAAGUUAGUAGGGGAAGUCUUGGAAUUGUCGGCAUGGAUGAUAGUCGGUCAGCUCUCUCGGGGGCAAGACCUCUGCCUCCACCACCUCCGUUCAAAGAAGACGAGCUUCCUUCCUCAGCUCGGGCAAAACAAUUGGUUAUAAGCGGUGGAAGCGAACCUUUAUUCCAUGGUACCAGGGGUACCUUGCUAGGGUUUGAGCCUUCUCUAGAAAUUGUAAGCGCUUCGUCUUCGAAAGAGCUUCGUCGAAUUGGAAAGAUACGAAUGACGUGGGAAGAAUCAGUGAGCCUAUGGGCCGAAGAAGGUGAGCACCUCAGGGGGAGAGUGAGGCUACAAGGCUCCAGUUUUUUGAAGGCAGAUGAGCUCAGUUUCUUUGACGAUGUCAUGGUGCCCAGCACCAUGGAAGCCUUUGAAGAUGGCCCUCUCAGAGGCUUUUCUGUGGACAGAUUCGUUUCUGGACAACAAAUCAAAGUCUUCGGCAGAAGAAAGUCUUCACCUUCCACAGCUUCUUCUGGCCUGACCGAGAGACUCCCGCUUCCCUUCACCGAGCCCUCUAUAAGAUCUAUUCAACCAUGGGAAUUUCAAGAUCCAUCUGAGUACUACGUAGGAUGCCUUCGAGUUCCACCACCGACAUUACCAAACUUGUUUGAGCUGUCAUGGCACUUACAAGAGCCACCACCUGAAGAACUGCGUUUUCCACUGCGAAGAGAUGUUUAUCGGGACUUACCACAAGAGAAAGAGCUUUUCUUUACUACCUCUCCCGAAUUGUUGGACUGUAGAGCCAUCACAUACGAUAUUCUAAGCCCAAUAAUGCGAACAAACCCUACUAUCAGUGUUGCCAAUGCUACAUCUAGAGACACUUUUAUUGGCCUCUGGGAUGAUUGCAUUAACAGGAUUGUGUCCAAAUUCUGUCCGGUUGAAAUGGUUGUCAUAAGAAAACCCUCUUCAGCAUCGGAGGAGAUGUUGCAGGAUCAAUGGCCAAAUGUGACUGGUUUUGUGAGGAACUUCUGCUUAUGGAGAGGAGAGGAGGCUGAUCAAUUAAGGGAUGGAACUUUAGACCCCUCAUCUUCAGUCGUGGAAAAGCUUCUGUGGACGUAUAUGGAUCUUCCUUACAUAUUGGGUUACUACGCUGUUGGCUAUUUGGUAACUUUUUGCGCAUUAAGCCGCGGACAGGACCGGAUUAUCCGAACAGAUUUGUUCUCAUUAGACCUAUCUUCGCCGGUUGAGAGACUCAAAGCCCUAGUCCCAUGUUACAGAGUUGCUGGGUUAUUGCCAUUGCUGGCUGAGAGGUGCUUAAACAACAUGAAGAAUGGAGGCAACUACAAGCUAUUUGCUUACAGUGAUUUUGAGAGGGUUGAUAUGGGUAACGGAAUUAUCCUUGAAAUGACACCAAACACUGUAACUAGAUUUUUCUCAAGCAAAAGAAAAUGGGCUGCAGUGAAGGAAAUCUACGAUUUUCUCGAUCACCGAAUCCCACAUGCGGAAUUCAUCUUCCGAUCAUCGGAAAGGGAUAUGGCGCUGGCGUUUAAGCCAAGAGGGUGCAAAUUUAAGCCUGCCAAUUGUGAUCAACUCGUAGAGGCUCUAAAGUACGUGACCAAGGCUUUGGUAGCACUACAUGACCUAUCUUUCAUGCAUAGAGACUUGGGAUGGGACAAAGUGAUGCGGCGAAACGACAGGGAAAACGAGUGGUUCGUGUGCGGGUUCGACGAAGCAGUGGGUGCACCACAAAUAUAUCCACAUGGGGUGGCAGUAGAGGCGGCGCGUGUGAGGAACGCGCCAGAGAUGGGAAGGGGACUGCAUGGGGUGAAAGUUGACGUAUGGGGUGUUGGGUAUUUGAUAAAAACGUGUGGCUUGACUGGGGUUCCAAAGAUGCUCAGAGAGCUUCAAAACCGGUGCUUGGACCAGAACCCAGAGCAGAGGCCAACUGCAGCGGACUGCUAUCACCACCUGCUUCAGCUGCAGUCAUCUCUGUCUGCUGGAGGGUACUGAUUUGAUUGAUACGGUGUUUAAUGGGGGCAGGCUUUUAUGUUUUUUCUUUCUUUUUUUCUGGCUUCGGAGAGCGUUCUUUUAAUUUUGAUACCUUAAAAAUGGACGUAGUGCUUUACAGGUUCUGGGAUUUUUGGAGAAGAAAUGGCGGCUGAUGCCGGGUAAAGUGGCUUCUAGAUUGUUUGAUUUGUAUUGAUUUGUAUGGUUUGUUCCAUCAAA